CUCACGACCUACAGCUCCAGCGAGUUCUUGAGAGCCUCUUCGUCCCCUUUCCCUUCCUUCCUUCCUUCCUUCCUUCCUUCCCUAUCUUCAUUUUCCCAAGAACCACACCUCCGUCCACCGACCGACCAAUAAACAAAAAAACAAACAAAAAUGUCAGUCCGAACACUGACAUCCCGCCAUCUGUUGACCCCUCUCUCCCGCCUCUCUCGCCCAUAUUCCUCCUCCACCAAAAGCACCCUCCCGCCAACCAAGCGUCUCCUCCAAACCGCCACCUCUCCAAACACUAGCAUCCCCUUCCCGCCCGGCCUAUCAGUCCCCGCUGCCCCCGCCCCCACCACUGUACCCACAAAAAAAACACUCCGCCCCCGUAAAUCCGCGAUAACCCUCACCCCCUCCGCCACUCAGCACCUCCGUUCCCUUCUCGCGCAGCCAACACCCCAGCUGAUUCGUAUCGGCGUCAAGAACCGCGGCUGCUCGGGCCUCGCAUACCACCUCGAGUACGUCGACCGCCCCGACAAGUUUGACGAGGAGGUGGUGCAGGACGGGGUUAAAGUGCUCAUCGAUUCCAAGGCGCUCUUUAGCAUCAUUGGCAGCGAGAUGGAUUGGGUGGAGGAUAGAAUCAGUGCGAGGUUUGUGUUUCGGAAUCCGAAUAUUAAGGAGCAGUGUGGUUGUGGGGAGAGUUUUUCGGUUGGUUAGAUUAGGACAAACAAUAUUGGAAAUUGGGAUUCUGGCUUAGAUUGGGCAGAUUGGUGGAUUACGGCCGGAAGUGGGCCUCUGGUUAGAUUACCUUGUUUUUUUUCUUUCCUUCAUUCUCUUCAUUCUCUAUUCACUGGCUUUGUUAAAAGCGGGCACUUCCUCUUCUGCUUUUUCUUCCCGGGUUGGCUGUUUCUUUCCAC